AUGGUCAACCCUAACGAUGUAGAGAAGACCGCCAUAAUAACACCUUUCGGUCUCUUUGAAUUCCCACGCAUGUGUUUUGGCCUGCGUAAUGGUGCACAAACUUUUCAACGGUUUAUGAAUCACACAGUUUUUGAGGGCUUAGAUUUUCUUUAUACCUAUAUAGAUGAUGUCAUCAUUGCAAGCACGGAUAUGACGUCACAUAGAGAGCAUUUGAAUAUUGUGUUCGAGCGGUUAAAUAAAUGCGGUUCGACUAUCAACUUGAAUAAAUGCUUAUUUGGACAGUCUAAAAUAGAUUUUUUGGGUUUCGAGGUAUCUACGGAAGGUAUUCAUCCUCUUAAAGAUAAAGUUGAUGCUAUAUGUGCUUUUCCGAAACCAGUAACUGUUGAAGAACUCAGGAGAUUUUUGGGAAUGGUCAACGUUUAUCGUUUACAUUUGCCCAAUGCUGUAGAGUAUCAAAUGUAG